AUGAGCAUGUCAUACCAACAAUUUGUCGAGUACGCUACAGAUUUAAAAAAUCAUUCAGACUCGAUAGAUGACGGUUGGAAUUUACACCAACACCAAUGUCCAAUGAUUCUCUUACGGAAGACAAAAUUCCAAUUGUUUGUGAAUAUCACAUAUUGUACAAUCCAAGUUAUUCGUGCCCAGAUGUGUUCUUUAAUAUGUGGUAUACUGGUAAUUUAUGAAAUAUUUACCAAAUUAAAAUUUGAUAGAAAUAAUUUAAUUUCAUAUUUAGAUGGGAAGUUACUUUCAUUAGAACAUGUGUGGUCUUUGGUACAUUCUUUUUUAAAACAAAAUGUAGCCCAUGACAAGUGGAAUGCUAUAACUCAAGAGAUGCAUCCAUUUUCUAAUACACCAUUUUUCAGAUUACACCCUUGUAAGAAUACUCAUGUUUUGGAAAUGUUAGGUUUUUCUUCAAAAAAUAGUUAUGAGUUCAAUCCCCUAAUAGCAUGGUUAAGUACUAUUAGUCCUCUAAUUGGUUUGGAAAUAGACCUAUCAUAUGGAAACCAGAGGCUCAAAAGUUAA